CUCGGGGAAGCCGCUCGGCCGGGGCCCAGGAGAUGCCCUUCUCCAGCGGGGCGCUACCAGGAUGCUCCAAGCAGGAGGUGACGUCCCAGUGGGGGGGACACGAGGAGAAGGGCUGAGACACGGAGGAGCUCUCCUGCGUGAAGCAUGUUCGGGGGGAGAGAGGGGGCUGCAGGUUGACCUUCCCAUCCCCUAACUCCCUCCCUGCUCAUCCCUUGUCCAUGGGUGCCCCCCUCCCCGCCCUCCCCUCCUCCUUCAACUCCAGCGCCGAGGAAGCCGAGCCGGAGGCAGUGCUGAGCCGGAUAUGCAGCGACUCCCCGCAUCCCUCCUUGGCAGAGCGCGGUGACGCCGCGGCAGCCACCACGGAGAGGACACAGGACCCCCCCUUGGGCCCGCCAUGCCCCUUUGAGGGGGUGGCCUGGACCCCGAGACCCCCGCAGGGCCCCCCCCAGGGCUGCUUCGCCUGCAUCGCCAAGCCCCCCGCUCUCCGGCAAGCUUCUCCCGUCCUGUCUCCUUCUUCUGCCGUUUAUCUCAUGGAGAGCAAGAGCUGCAAAGGGGACAGCCUGCGCCCAGCGGUCCCGUGCAAGCACUCGGUGGAGAAGAAGACCAUGACCAACCCCACCACUGUCAUCGAAAUCUACCCUGACACCACCGAGGUGAACGACUACUAUCUCUGGUCCAUCUUCAACUUUGUAUACCUCAACUUCUGCUGCCUCGGCUUCAUCGCCUUGGCCUAUUCAUUGAAAGUCCGGGAUAAGAAACUCCUCAAUGACUUAAAUGGAGCAGUUGAAGAUGCCAAGACUGCCCGGCUUUUUAACAUCACCAGCUCAGCCCUUGCCACCUUCUGUAUCAUCCUUAUCUUCAUCUUCCUGCGAUACCCUCUCACUGACUACUGAGUGAGGCCAACAGCAGCUGCCGCCGCCAAAAUGCCUCUACGCCAGAAGUGUCUGCAGUUUCCUGUAGCAAGGACACACAAAACAAACCAACUACUACACCUUGAUUGCCAAAAAAAAAAAAAAAAAAAAAAAAGAGUCAAUUAAAUACAUAAAUAAAAGUUAAAUUAGUUUAUCAGCCCAGCUGAGCAUACCCUUCUUGCCCUGAAAUGGUAUGUGAACAGCUAAAGGAAAGGGUCGCACUCUUAACGCACGUACAGGAAGAAAAACAGACCAAGAAAUACUUGUUGUAUGGCCAACAAGCUGUGUGAAAAGAGCGUGCAAAGCCCAGAGCUAUGCACACUUAGUGGCAGACAGCUGAUCUCUAGGGAACAGUGGGGUGCUGUGGAGCUGGAGACACAUACAGUGAUCGAUGGGGAUCAUGGCAGGGCUGGCUCACAACAUAUCAGGUGUGUUCAGACCACCCCACCACCCCCAGCUUGUGGGGGUUUCUUUUCCUUUUCUCCUCUUGAAUUUCAUCCACUGGUUCAAACAACUCCCAACCCCUGGAGAGCUGAAAGUGUUAGGAAGUUCAUGCUGGGGAGCCCCAAAGCCUCCAGAGAAACCCCAAAGUGUUAAAGGGCAUGUUUCUCCUGGGGAUCUCCCAUCAGUGCUGAGAAGGAAAGCACCUUCUGGAGAACUCGCCUAAGCCACCUAAGUGGAGUGCUACUGUAUUUCUGUAAACUGUCAAUAAAAAGAUACCUCUGAUCUGUGA